AUGUCGGAUCUAAAGUUAAACAAAGGGCUAGCUCAAAUGCUUAAAGGCGGUGUUAUUAUGGACGUUGUCAACGCAGAACAAGCAAGAAUAGCUGAAAGAGCUGGUGCUUGUGCAGUCAUGGCAUUGGAGCGUAUUCCAGCGGACAUGAGAGCUUCGAAUCAAGUGUGUCGAAUGAGUGAUCCUAAAUUGAUCAAAGAGAUAAUGGAAACCGUCUCUAUUCCAGUGAUGGCCAAGUGCAGAAUCGGGCAUUUCGUGGAGUCUCAAAUCUUGGAGGAAAUAGGAAUUGACUACAUUGACGAGUCUGAAGUUUUAACCCCUGCCGAUAAAUUGUAUCACAUUGACAAGAAGAAGUUCAAAGUUCCAUUUGUAUGUGGUGCUAGAAACCUCGGUGAGGCCUUGAGAAGAAUCGAUGAAGGUGCAGCAAUGUUGAGAACCAAAGGUGAAGCAGGUACAGGUGAUAUUUCCGAAGCUGUUUCUCAUAUAACUUUGAUUAAGCAAGAGAUUGAAUACGUCUUGACUUUAAAGAAUGAUGAAGUUAAGUUAGAGGUUUAUGCCAACGACAACAGAAUCCCCAUCCAAAGACUAAAAGAUUUGAUUUCCAACAAUGGGAAAUUUCCAGUUGUCAAUUUUGCUGCAGGUGGUAUUGCAACCCCAGCUGAUGCUGCGUUAUGUAUGCAAUUAGGUUGUGAUGGUGUGUUUGUAGGAUCUGGUAUUUUUAAAUCCAAAAAUCCAGAAAGAUUGGCUGCUGCUAUUGUGAACUCAGUGACUCAUUAUAAUGAUCCAGCCAAAUUAUUAGAGUACUCAACUGAUUUAGGUGAAUUGAUGUUUGGCGUUGCAGUGGAUCAAUUGAAAGAAAAGGAAAAAUUGUCAACUAGAGGUUGGUAA